AUGCCACGACCACUUCAACACAAUCUGAAAGGCGAUGGCAAAAGACCCAAUUGUUCGCCCUGUCAACGAAGCUCCCGGGACUGUCGCUGGAUCCAUGACACCGAUACAGCCGCUUCGCCUACAGGCUCUUCGCAUCAAGUGGCCCCUUUGAGUUCAAUUGACCACGUUACCGAUUACCCUUCAACCCAGGAUCCUGAAUAUGCUCUCCGCCAUGUACAAGUUGCGAAGCUGUAUCGCCAUUAUAUGGAUCAACUAGCUGCAUGGUAUGAUCUGAACGACAGCAAGCGCCAUUUCAAGGAUGUAGUUCCUAUUCGAGCGCGAUAUAAUCCAUUAUUACUCAGUGCUAUCCUCGCUUUUGCUGCUGCUAAUCAACACCGUACUCUUGGAGAUAACGUCUAUCUAGGGAUCGCCGAGUUUUAUCACUACGAUAGCGUUCGGAGACUGAUAUCCGUGACCAAGAAUGUGGAUCAACUUCCCAUCGGGGAGACGUUAGCCGCCAUCUGUCUACUCCGUUCUUUUGAAAUCAUAACACAAAAUGGCAGCUCCCAAAAUCAUUUGCAAGGAUGUUAUUCAAUCCUGGCUAGCCGGGAAAUUCACCUCGCAGCAGACCUACUCAGUGCUGGCUACUGGAAUUAUCUACGCGAAGACAUCACUGUAGCAUUGAUUGAGCAACGCAGUCUCAUGAUCAGCCUUUAUGAUCAAACUGGACCUCCGGAACCCACCGAUGACGCAGACUUUGCUAACCAGAUCACCUUUCUUUUGGGGAAAAUCAUCAACCGAUGCUUAUCCAUUGAUUCUCCCGCCUUGGACCCGCUGGAAUGGCAAGCCAUAAAGGUGGAUCUCGAUAACUGGAAACUGUCUCUUCCUUCAUCCUUCGACACGAUAGAGACCCCGGAACUACGGGCGCAGAGUAGUUUCCGAUCUAUAUGGACGCUGCAAAGCUGGCAUACAUCGACACUUCAUUAUUACCAUACCGCCAUGGGAAUCCUUUGGCUAGCCCAACCAACAGCUCGGCCAUUAAAAGCAUUGCAACGAAUACAAGAUCUCGAAAGCUUGCAUCAAAAACUCGAAUACCAUGCGACUCAGAUAUGUGCUUUGGCGUUUUCAAGCGAUUCUGCUGCUGUGUGGGUCAAUGCUUUCGGUCCGAUAACAUUCUGUAGUUCCUGGCUUCGCGAUACUCAAAAGCGCAUGGAAAUAGCAGAUGAGAUAGGAAAAUGGGGGGAAAUUACGGGCUGGCCGGUUACACUUAUUGCAGACGAGCUGUCUGCGCCUACGGCCACUAGCACCUAA